CGCGAGCUCCGCGGCUGCUCGGGGGAUUCGCUGUGCCGCUCGUUCGCGUCUAGCUUCCCCGGGCUGCUUCUGAUGGCUUUCUGUCUCCAGCCCGAGCCUCGCCUUUAGAAGGAAAACUUUACGGCGAUUUCUUCUUCCCCUUGGAAGAGCGGCUUAAAAGUUGCCAGAACUGGUGCCGCCCGGGCCGUUGGGGCGCAGGGAGGGUGCUCGCCGGCGGGGAUCCCGGUCCCACCAUGUGCACCAACAUAGUUUACGAGUGGCUCAGAGCGCUGCAGCUCCCGCAGUACGCGGAGUCCUUCGUGGAUAACGGCUACGAUGACCUGGAGGUGUGCAAGCAGAUCGGGGACCCGGACCUGGACGCCAUCGGGGUGCUGGCGCCCGCGCACCGCCGCCGCCCCCGCAGCAGGGAGCUGGUGAGCUACCCUAAACUGAAGCUGAAGAUCAUGAUCAGGGAUAAGCUCGUCCGCGACGGCAUCCACCUGAGCAAACCCCCGUACUCCCGCAAGGUCCCAAUGGCUGGCAUCCUAGAGUACUUAAUGAAUUGGCCGAAGUCAUCACAGAACCGCUAGAUAUCAUUUUUGAGAACUCGUGGAGGACUGAUGAGGUGCCUGAAGACUGGAAAAGGGCAUAUUUAGAACCUUCUUUCAAAAAGGGAAAUGGAUGAUGACCCUGGAAAUUCUCAUCAGCUUAACUUUUUGCUUGGACAAAUUCUGCAGUAAUCAACUUAGUAAACUGGGUAACUGAUGUAUAAUAGCUAGAAAUAAGGCAGCGAAACAGCAUACAUUAAAAAGUGCUGAGUUCAUUUCUAAGACACACUAUGAGAUACAGUCUUAUGCAUAUCUUGGGUUUCUUCCCUCCAUUCUUGAUGAUGAUAAGAUCCGCUAAGGCUUUUGGGUAGUAAUGUAUUUUAAGUAUAAUGUAACAAAAAAGUAGGCUUCUGGCAUUAUCUAGUAAUUUUACUAUUUCCAAAUUACCUUAUAAUUUGAGGACAAUAGCUUUAAUUUUAUAUUUCAGCAUACAUUUUAUUUCAAACUUUAUAAAGGACCAUGUUUUUGUAAGAUGAG